AGGAAGAUGCUCAACAGGUCUUCUGACAACUGCUCCAUGAAGAUUUUGUUUCCCAUCCUUGGCUCUUGAAGGAAUCCUGAGGGUCUUGAUGGCUGCACCCACAAAUUGUACUCUCUUAAUCCAGGAGCACCGGGAGCGACUUCUGCGCUGGACUGAGCCCAACCCAGCUCCUUUGCUCCGUCGGCUCCGGGACUGUGAGCUCCUCACCCAGCCAGAGUAUUUUGCCUUGCUGGAGACACUCCCCAAGUCCAACCAAGUCAUUGCACUGCUGGAGAGGGUCAGCAGGAAGUCCGAGGAGAGCCAGAAAUUCCUGGAGGAGCUGAAGGAGCUCCGUGAGGACUAUUGCACUGAGCUGCAGGACUGGCUGCAAACAUAUUAUCCUGCAGAUCAAAACAGAGAACGUUCUCCAGUCCAGUCAGAUCCUCCUCCUAAACCUAACAGAUUUUUUGCAAAAUUUUGGAAGGGAAAAACAUACAAGGUUCAGAACACAGAUAAGGAGCAGAGCAAAGACUUGCCUUUCCGAAGGGGCUUGAGUGGAAAACUUAAAGCUGCCUUGCAAAACCACCGCCGCUCGCUGCUGACCCGGACAGAGAAGCUUUGCACCAACGUGGAUGACACUGAAUCCUGUGGGCACAUUGAGAUCCGCUACACCGACCUCUUGCUGUCUGACAGCCCUCGUUCUGGCUCCGCCAGUCAUGACUACUUGCAUCUGGCCUCUCGCCGGGCACGCCUCUACUCCCUCCAUGCCCCCCGCCGUUUGGCCCUAUCCCAGCUUGUCUCCCCACUCCCUGGCGAGACUUCCCCACCUCUUCAUGUGAUGCUGAGUGGUGCUGCUGGCAUUGGUAAGAGUGUAGCAGCCCAGAAGAUCCUCCAUGACUGGGCCCUGGGGGUAUCCUUCCGAGAUUUCCUUUGCGUGCUGGACUUUUCCUUCCGAGAACUCAGUCUCAUUACAGCACCCAAGAGUCUUGAAGAGCUGAUCCGCAAGAAACAUGCCCAUCUGAGUGAAGUUCUCCCUGAGCUGCUGGAUCGAUCUGGGGAGAUCUUGCUGAUCUUAGAUGGUCUUGAUGAGUUCAGGUCUUCAUUGGACACCCAGAAUCCAUGCCGCCAAUCUGACCAGCCUGCUGACAUUAAGGAUUUGGUCCAUGGACUCCUCUAUGGGAAAUUACUUCCCAAGUCGACCAUUGUGGUCACAUCUAGACCUUCUGCCAGCCUUCCAGAAGAUCUCUUUGACCGUCAUAUUGUCAUCCUUGGCUUCCAGGAGGAGCAUGUCCAGGAAUACUUCUUCCGCUUCUUUCGGGAUCACAAGCGUGCCACAGCUGUGCUCAGCUACAUCUCCCUCCAUGAUGGCUUAGCCAGCCUCUGCUUCAUUCCCCUCUACUGCUUCAUUCUCUGCACAGCUCUCGGGGAAUUUUUCCCCUGUGUGGGAGCCAUGGAAGCCUCUCCACCCAGCACCAUCACCGAGGUCUACCGUCAGUAUCUGUGUACCAUCCUUCGCUUGCACAAGCCUCCUUCAGGAAGACCAAAUUGCACGCUGGGAGGUGUGAAAGAUCUAUUAUUGAAGCUUGGCAAGUUAGCCUAUGCUGCCACACUGAGAAAACGGACAGUAUUCUACACAGAUGAGUUGCAAGCUUUUGGGUUUGACCUGCAGGACCUGCCUGGUAGCUUCUUGAACCGGAUCUUCUUCAAGGAGAAUGAUCAGGUCUAUGGCUUCUUUCACUUGACCAUACAAGAGUUUCUAGCUGCACUGUAUUCCAUAGUAACUUUAGACCCCAGUGCGGAGGAGUUAACAUCCUGCCUGGAUCUCUGGUGGGAUGGCAGUGCUCUAGAAAAUGGAGAAACAGAGAAGCAUCUAUCUUCACCAAAUGGAUUAUCAGAUGGACUUCUCAGCUACACCAGGGAGUUCCUGAGUGGACCCCAACAGUGGGACAACUUGCAAAUGUUCUCCAGGUUCUUCAUGGGACUCUUGACCUCCAGGAUGGAAGGCAAGCUGGAGGGGUUGACUGAACAGCUGACGGGUGAUCCUUUAAUGCCUUUGGCUGACUGGUUAGGAAGCAAGGUUCAAUAUGAAUCUGACCGGAAGUUGCUUUCCUUGCUACAUUGCCUGGCAGAGCUCCGUCAGGAUGGAGUGACCCGGAGAGCAGCUUCCAAGUUGGAUGAAGUGGAUUUAUUCAAGGUAACCUUGAACCCGGUGGACUGUGCAGCUUUGGCCUAUGUUCUUGGCUGCUCAGAGGUGAAGGUGCUCCGGAAUCUCAACUUAAGCUACAGCAACAUGGGCAUCAGAGGUUUGAGGCGACUGCAAGGACAUCUCCAUCGGUGUGAAACUCUGCAAAUACGCUACAAUUCCCUGGAUCAGGAGGCAGCGGCAAUAGAAGCUGCAAUACUGAGGUCCCCGGAGUGUCGAGUAAAACGGCUGCUGUUUUGUGGGAACUGCCUGGGCUCAGAGGGAGUGAGAAGCUUAUGGGAUGCUCUCCAGUAUAACACUACCCUUGAAGAGCUCUACCUGGAUAUCACAGGCAUCACGGACAGCGGCUUGGAUAAUAUCCUGGAUUCGCUGAUGGGCAACACCACUCUCCGCCUUCUGACAAUUGUGGGGAACCGGCUGAGCCAAGUUGGGAGGAAAGUGCUCUCGGAGCUGAGUGGUAGAAAACCAGAGUUGAAGAUCAUAAGCAGUUUCCUCUCCGACAUGGGGCUGCUGCAGGCGUAUCUGGACUGGGUGGAAGAAAUCAAAGCUGACGGGGAACAGAUGGAGUCCGUCAAAAACGCGGAUGCCCUGCACUCAGUCCUGGAGGUUUUGGUGGAGACGGACGACCCAGGAGCAAGUGAGGAAGCCAGGAGGAAAGCCGAGCACCUGAAGAAAGAGAUUGCCAUCCUCCUUCGGAGGGAGGAGAACACAAUGGAAAAUGGGGUGGCAUCAUGAAUGGAUUUACUCAGUCCAAUCUAUGAACUCCUGGCUGGAUCUACACUGCCAAAUAAUGCAGUUCAAACUCAUUAUAUGAUCAGUGUCUACUCAUAGGUGGCACAAUGGGUUAAACCCUUGUGCCGGCUGUACUGCUGACCUAAAAGUUGGCAGUUAGAAUCCGUGAGACGGUGUGAGCUCCCGUCUGUCAGCUCUAGCUUCCCAUGCGGGAACAUGAAAGAAGCCUCCCAGCAGGAUGGUAACACAUCUGGGCGUCUGCUGGGCAACAUCUCUGUAGACAGCCAAUUCUCUCACACCAGAAGCUAUUUGCAGUAUGUUUGCUUCUGACAUGAUAAAAAAAAAACCCUCAUAUAGUGCAGAUUGAAUUGCAAUGAACUGCAUUAUAUGGGUUUACACACAUGCGGUUAUCUAUAAUGUAGAUCCAGCCUCAGUGAGGACUUGUCUUAUCACUAGCCGCUCCCAGCUAUUCCAUUAUCUUGAAGGACAGGACUGCAAGGGAGGGUUUUAGCUGUUCAGAAUCUUAGCAUUAUAUAUGUGGCAUACAUAUAUAUGUGGUUUGGCAGGGACAGUUUUCAGAUGCUUAUAAAACACCCUAGGUUUUCCCUUUCUGCCUUUGUCUUGGAUACUCUAGCUGCUGCAAUCUGAAGUUGUUAGCAGUCGAUUAACAUAGUGGAGGAGGAGGAAGAAAAGAUGGGAGACUUUGCUUUUAUCAGUAGGUUCAAGACAAAACAAGCUGCUGCUGCCUUUCUUGGUUUGUGUAUUCUUCCUUUUUAACGGUUUUUGCCAUGUUGACUACAAGCUGACAUUGUUUGGCUGACAGAUCAAGCUUUUUAUCACUGACAUGUUGGAGGAUAAGCCGCCAUUACAAUCUGUGUGUUCAUUGAGGAUCUGCACUGAAAGGCAAUGACGCACAGAGUAUGUCUACAUUUGAGAAUUAAUGCAGCUUGAUCCCACUCAUGACUCAAUGCUAUGAAAUCCUGGGAGUUGUAGUUUUACAAGGUCUUCAGCCUUCUGUCGAAAAGUGCUGGUGCCUUAGUAAAGGUAAAGGUUUUCCUCUGGCUUUAAGUCUAGUCAUGUCCGACUCUGGAGGUUGGCGCUCAUCUCCAUUUCUAUUCCAAGGAGCCGGGGUUGUCCACAGACAUCUUCAAGGUCAUGUGGCUGGCAUGACUGCAUGGAGCGCUGUUACCUUCCAGCUGGAGCGGUACCUAUUGAUCUACUCACAUUUAUAUGUUUUCGACCUGCUAGGUUGGCUGAAGCUGGGGCUAACAGAGGGAGCUCACUCCGCUCCCCAGAUUUGAACCGCCAACCUUUCAGUCAGCAAAUUCAGCAGCUCAGUGGUUUAAUCCACUGCGUCACUGGGGGCUCCUAUCAAACCACCUUAUCAAACCACAACUCCCAGGAUUCAAUAACAUUAUCCAUGGCGGCUACAAUAUUGUCGCUGCAUUAAUUUUAUAGUGUAAAUAUCUGAGUUCUCUUUGUAACUUUUUCAAAUGAGGCAUAUGGAAUUUAAAUGUGCUGCUGGGGAGAUAAUGUCAACCAUUCAAUGCUAAUCAAGGUGCACAAUUGCAACAUUCACACUUGCCUCCAACAGACAAGAGUUCUUUCUCCCACCCUGGACAUUAUUCCACAGAUAUAUAAACCCCACUUGUCUAGUUUCCAACAGACCUCACAACCUCUGAGCAUGCCUGCCACAGAUGUGGGCAAAAUGUCAGGAGAGAAUGCUUCUGGAACAUGGCCAUACAGCCCGGAAAACUCACAGCGACUUAUGCUGCAAGUGAUCUUCAUUAAUAUCCUUUUCCCAUCUUGGCUGCACUUUGAUGCUGCCAGGGAAAGAGUCCUAGCCAUCCAAACCAAUUAUGAAAGAUGAUGGAAGCUGCAGUCCAAAGGCCGACGCAGUUCUCCACUUCUGAGUUGGAAGAGGGACCACAGACCAUGACUUUCCUGCAUCCAGGCCAGCAAGGAUGAUGGGAAUUAAAUGGGAUUAAAGAAAUAUGA